CUUCCAUCUCACUGAAAAACCCUAAAAAAGAUCAAAAAGAUUUACUCCCAAAUUUUGCUUUUGAUUCUAAUCUUAGAAGCAUUUUAGAGAACUGAUCGCGAAAUGAAAUCAGCAUUAUUGAUCAGAACAGGAUCAUCACCGUUAAAUUCAUCAUCCUCGUUAUCCUCGUUGAUACAAACUUCGCCACCCAAAGCUUCAAUGUCAUCAUUUCAUGACUCGGUGACUGGAAUUUUAUUCGCGGGUAAGAAUAAUUCAUCCACAAGAUCUAAUAAUUCCUUGCAAUUGGAAGUAAAUAAUAUCGUCUCCAGUAGUAAAAGGAAUAAAUCUAGUGUGAUUAGAAGAGCUUACUCUGAGACUGAUAUGUUUAGUACGUUUAACAACAAAUAUAAUGGAUCUGAAUUAUUCAGUUCUGGACAUGGAUCUAGAUCAUUUCCAGCUAGAAUUCCUGAAGAAGAUUUUGAAGAAUUGACCGAUCCUGAUGAUAAGGGUUUUGUAAGUGGAAACUGGUUGGAGAGUGAGGUUGUUCCUGAGGAAUUAGAAUUCUACAAUGGGGGAAUUGGAACGAGAGUUGAUAAUUUAAGUGAUGAACAGAGUAAAAUUGGUGAUUAUUAUUUGGAAAUGUUGAAAUCCAUUCCUGGUGAUCCUCUUUUAUUAAGGAAUUAUGGAAAAUUCUUAUAUGAGGUGGAGAGAGAUGUGUCGAAAGCAGAGGAGUAUUAUUCCAGAGCGAUAUUGGCAAGUAAUCCAUCAGGUCCAGAUGGAGAGGUAUUAUGUCUCUACGGCAAACUCAUUUGGGAGACUCAGAAAGAUGGAUACAGAGCUAAAUCUUACUUCGAACGAGCUGUUCAAGUUGCUCCCCGUGAUUGCUUUGUGAUGGGAGCAUAUGCACAUUUCCUUUGGGAGGCAGAGGAAGACGAUGAGGAAGAAGAACUAGCAAAUAAGAGUAAUUACUCAGCAUCAACAAUGUCACCCAUGGUUAAGGCUUUCUAGUUGCGAUCCUAUCUCUCUGUAUUAUCCUAGAUUUGACCCAUCCCCAAACCAAAAAGGAGCUAAGCAAACAAGAUUCUAGAAAGGAAUGGUAGUAAGCAAUAUAAAGAGGUUGGGUAAUCAACAGCUGUUACUAAGUGCGUCCUGUUGUAUUUCAUUAAUACGUAGCUUCCCUAUAUAUCUAACAAACAAAUAAAAGAAACCACUGAGAUUAAUCGACCAAUAAAUGAAAAUAUGUUGCUAUUGUAACACCUCAGGUACUUUAGAUCGCCGCCAUUACAUGAGAAGAAAUAAGAAGAGAUUUAAAUAAUAAUAAUAAAAAAAAGUGCCUAGCA